AUGACAGAUUAUAAGUGGGAAGUUGGGAUAGUAUUUGCUGAUAAGGCUCACUUUAUUGAGGCCAUUAGAACUUAUGCAGUGCAUACUGGGAGGGCUUUGAAGUUUGUUAAAAACGAUAAGCGUAGGGUGAGAGUUAGAUGCAUGGGUGGACAAGAAAUAGAUAGGUCUUUACAAGACAAUCCAAACUUGAAGGUGCAAGAUAUACGANAAAAAGCUUUACGUAAAUGGAAUACUAAGAUUUCNNUNUCNAAAGCCCNAAGGGCAAAGUUGAUGGCAACAAGNCAACUUAUUGGAGAUUUCAAAGAACAAUAUAGAAGAAUACAUGAUUAUGGACAUGAACUUUUGAGGUCUAAUCCUGGGUCAACAGUUAAGGUGGAGGUUGAUACUGUUAAUGGUGAUGCAGUGUUUAAAAGAUUCUAUGUUUGCUUGAAAGGUUGCAAGGAAAGUUUUGUGAGUUGUAGGCGAAUUAUAUGUUUAGAUGGAUGCUUUUUAAAAGGCCAAUAUAAGGGAGAGUUGCUCACUGCAAUUGGAAGGGACCCAAAUGACCAAAUGCUUCCCCUUGCAUAUGCCAUUGUUGAGGUAGAGAACAAAGAGACAUGGAGUUGGUUUCUGCAGUUAUUGAUAGCAGAUCUUGGAGGAAAUGAAGGGUUGGUCCACGCUAUAGAGGAACUUUUGCCUAAGGCAGACCAAAGAUUCUGCAUGAGGCACCUAUACGCAAACUUUAGAAAACAGUUCCUUGGUCAGACUUUGAGGACGCUGAUGUGGAAGGCUGCCACAAGCACGUACUGGUCAAGGCCUCGUUUCUCAUAUGAAGCUGUAUGUGAUUCCCUUGAUAACAAUAUAUGUGAAGCCUUCAACAGUGUUAUUGUGCUUGCCAGAGGCAAGCCAAUAAUCACAAUGCUAAAGGAGAUAAGGCUUUAG